ACUUCCUGCAGGGAGCAAAGGGCAGCGGGACCUCCUGGGGGGGUUCGGACAGCAAAGGCACUGCUAACGCGGCCGUGGGGAGGGGGAGGAGGAGGAAGAGGAAGAGGGCAAGCCCAGGCAAUGGCAGCCACCACGGUGACCGAUUCCGGAGGUGUGAGGAUCAUCACGGAGGUGAUCCCGGCCACAGACCCCCGAGCGGCCCAGCUGACCUCCGGCUCCAGCCCUCCCGUGCCCGCCGUGACGUCGUUUCAAGUCAGAGGCUUCAGAAAGGCUCAGCCCAAGGCGCUGGGGACCAUCCACAUCUUUACCGGGAUCAUCCACAUCUGCUUCGGGAUCAUCCUGACGGUGUCGGAGUACAGGACCCCUUCCCUCCCCGUGGCCAGCGGGGUCCUCUUCUGGCUCGGGCUCCUGCUCGUGCUCUCAGGCUCUUUGCUGGUGGAAAGUGAGAAAAGAGAUAACAUCUUGCUGGUAAAGAUCUGCUGCGUUGUCAACAUGGGGGUCAUCCUGAGCACGCUGGUGGCCACCCUCCUCCACACCACAGCCAUCACUCACAACAUCCCCGGCUGUGACAACUACAUGCCGUACCAGCUGAAAGCCGAGUGGUGCUUCAGUGCCGAGACCAAGAUCCUGAGCAACGGGUUGGAUUCCAUGUUUGUCAUCUUCUGCCUCCUGGAGUUCUGCGUGGCGGUGGCGGCUCUGGCCUUCGGUUACAACGCCGUCAGGCAGCACAACUACACGCGCAUGGUGCUGUAGCCGUGGCCAAGCCCGCAGCCGUCCCCUGGUAAGAGCCACCGCGCACCCCAGCCCUGCUGCAGCCAAGGUGCCGGAGCCCGGGGGGAGCCUCCCUGAUGCCUGACGGUGGAGCCGACCCGAGCCCCCUCCGUGCCCCGGGCCCGGCCCCGAGGAGGAGGCCGCUGCCCUCUGUGGAUUUGGCCAUUAAUAAAGGUCUUUCCCACCCAGA